AUGGACCCUCAGAAUCAAUCCGGCUCUCACCCUCAGCAGGGCCGCGCUCAGCCUGUGUAUGACACAACCCACGGCGGCCACUACGGCGCAAGUGCUGCGCUCUCCGCCCAGGGAUUCGCUCCAGCCGAGUUAUACACCGGUCCGUGGGCCAACGUUCACCAGGGCUUGACCGGUCAGUACAAGGAUAUCCUGACGACAUACUGGCAACAGACCAUCAACCAUUUGGAGAGCGACAAUCAUGACUAUAAGCUGCACCAGCUGCCCCUGGCGCGCAUAAAGAAGGUCAUGAAGGCCGACCCUGAGGUCAAGAUGAUUUCCGCCGAGGCUCCCAUUCUUUUUGCCAAAGGUUGCGACAUUUUUAUUACUGAGCUCACCAUGCGCGCCUGGAUCCACGCAGAGGAGAACAAAAGAAGGACUCUCCAGCGCUCGGAUAUCGCAUCUGCCCUAGCCAAGUCCGAUAUGUUCGACUUCCUCAUCGACAUUGUUCCUCGUGAAGAGGCCUCUUCUCACGCCAAGCGGACCGCCGGCCAGGCCACUCCUGCUGCCCCAGGUGUGCCCGCCCAAGCCGCUCCCCAAAUUACCGGCCAGCACGGAGCCAUUCCCCAAGCAGCCAACCACUCCGCCUCGUCUCACCCCAUGGCGCCUGCCGACUACGGCCUCGCCAGCCACGCCCUUGGACCUGAUCAGGAUUAUCGCCAGAAUCCCAACAUGUACCCCGGCCAAGUCCAACCCGGGCCCGCUGCACCGUAUGGACAAACCCAGCAGGGCAUGUACGGUGAGAUCGAAGGCAUGUACGGGUAUGGCAUGGCGCAGCAACAACAGCCGCCCAUGCAAUCGGAGGAAUUCGAAUAG